CGGCAGGUGUCGUGUGUGGAUCGGUCCCGUCGGACACGGAGACAGGAGUGGGAGCCUCCGCGGGGCUGCUUCCGGAGUCGGACUCCGCUUUGUGGGGCCGUGAGGAGCGCUUUUUGUGCCGGCUCCUCUUGGUUUCUCCACGGCUCCAGCCCCCUUCCCCCACCGCGAAGGGCCGGCGUGGUGUCGGUCCUGUUUGCUUUCAUCCUGCGCACCUGCACGUGGCAGGCGCAACAACAGUGCGGACUGCGUGGGAAGCAGGGUGGGGUCUGGAAAGAGCUUCGGCGGUCGGGUCUGUCUUAGGUUCCAAACUUGGCCCCACCCAUUAUUAGCCUAGCGACCUGGGGCAAGACGCUUAGAGUUUUGGCUUCUUCAUUUGAAAGGGGCUGUGUGAUACUGCAGCCUUGCUGGUCAGUAGCGAGGGUUACAGGUUUGUAUAGCGCCCAGCACUGGGCGGACAGGAAAUUGGUAUCUGGGAGAAGGUUCUUCAGUUCAUUAAACGUGUCCUUUGCCAGUCUGUGCCAGACGUUGGGUACACAGAUGAAAUACCUAGCCCCCAUCUUUGAGGAGCUCACAGUUGAGAGAGUUCCAAGUUAAACAGAGUAAGAUAGUUCCAAGUGGGCAAUAGCCGGCUGGUGCUAUGACCAGGGUGUAUAUGCUCAAGCUGUGCAGUGCCGGUCCCUUAGCCCAACCUGGAGGUCCAAAGGAGGCUUUCUAGUAAAGAAGAAGCCUGAACAGAGUCCUGAAAGGUACCUUGUUUUUCUGAAAAGAACUGAUCAUGUCGGAAUGACAGGAAGCUCUCUGUGCACACGGCCGUCUGUGGGAGCUUUGAAGACAAUAAGAUAGUAUUCGUUCCACCGGGGAGCUCCUCUGCAUCGAGCGACGGUGAAAAAUGUUUCGGAAAGGCAAAAAACGGCACAGUAGCAGCAGCUCCCAGAGCAGUGAAAUCAGUACCAAGAGCAAGUCUGUAGACUCCAGCCUUGGGGGGCUCUCACGAUCCAGCACUGUGGCCAGCCUCGAUACAGAUUCUACCAAAAGCUCAGGACAAAGCAAUAACACUUCAGAUACCUGUGCAGAAUUUCGAAUAAAGUAUGUUGGUGCCAUUGAGAAACUGAAAUUCUCUGAAGGGAAAAGUCUUGAAGGGCCCCUAGACCUGAUAAAUUAUAUAGAUGUUGCCCAGCAAGAUGGAAAGUUGCCUUUCGUUCCUCUGGAGGAAGAAUUUAUUAUGGGAGUUUCCAAGUAUGGUAUAAAAGUGUCAACAUCAGAUCAGUAUGAUGUCCUGCAUCGGCACGCUCUGUAUUUAAUCAUCCGGAUGGUGUGUUACGAUGAUGGUCUGGGGGCAGGAAGAAGCUUGCUGGCUCUGAAGACCACAGAUGCCAGCAAUGAGGAAUACAGCCUCUGGGUUUAUCAGUGCCACAGCCUGGAGCAAGCACAAGCCAUCUGCAAAGUUUUAUCUACCGCUUUUGACUCCGUAUUAACAUCUGAGAAAUCCUGAAUUCUGCAAUCAAGUGGAAGCUGACUUCGUGUGGGAGUUCGGUGGUUUUCAGUCUGCAGGGUUGAGCUAUUAUGGGAGUAGGAAGUGGUGAAAGCGAAGAAACGCGGUGUGUAACAUACUGAUCAUUUGCUUUUCUAUUAAAAUGUGUCUUAUUACGGUGAGUUAACUCUCAACGAGGUUGUCCGCUUUCUGCGACUAAAAAAGAAACCUCCCCUCUCGCUUUUAAACACAAAUAAGCCUGACACCUAAGCGUCACAGAAGUGCCCUCAGUGAGUGGCGAGCAUGGAGCGCUUUCCACGGAGGUCACGUACCAUCCCCCCGGGGCGGCACGUGGGCCCCCCGCCGGCUGGGAGCGCCGGUCACCUGGUCUGGAACAGCGACGCAGCGCUGCCAGCUCACGACACAAAAAGUAAGACCGUGAAGGUGCACCGUCAGGAGGACGUGCUCGGAAACCAAAGCAUCGACCUCGGCGUUCCCAGGCAAGAGAUCACCGCGCGUGUUAAACGGCACAGAAAGAAUCUCAUGUACAGGAGGCCGGUGGGUUUUUCUAAAGGACCAUUUUAAUAUGCAAUGCUUAAAGGAUUAAAAACAUUAAAAAUAACACUAUGUCCAUUUA